GAGCACCAGUAGAUAUUGGCAGGGCACUUCCUGCAGGUGAUGUUAUUCCAGGCUUAUGUUGGGCCUAUGUCUUGAACUACCUGAAGAUUGUGCUGACGACUAGCAGUAUUUAUAAAACGAUACAAGACUAUUUAACCGAAAAGACCUUAAACUGUGACUGCACCCGUAAACUAAUUGUGGUGUGGAUCAAGUCCUGCGAUAUGGAAAACACACUAGACGUGGUUGCCAACAAAAGUGGUGGGCGACGCAAAAUAACUGACAGCGGCAAGAUACAUGUUACAACUAAUAGCAUUGGUGGACAGAUUGGUAGACCAUUUGCUUUGAAUAUAUUCAAAUACAACGACGAUUCAAAUCCGGUUAAUCAAAGAUGCUUCCUUGCUGAAUAUUGCACCCCGAUGCAAUGCGUCCAAACAAUGGAGAAAGGAUACGCUGGAAUCAGCGCAACCACGAAACAGGGAAUGGGAGAGUCGUUCAAGGAAAAGUUCAAAGAGAUCAUGUCUCGCAGAAAAAUGAUGAAACUCUUCUCGAACUUCAAAGUGUCGUUCGUCCUCUUUAAUGACACAGAUCCAAGAAAUCGUCUUAUGGACCUGUUGGAACGAGAGAUUUUUGAUCAGGAAUGCGAUAUUAUCACCGGAAACUAGUAGACACUUUACAUGGGACUGAAGAGGACCAGACUCAAUAUACAUAUUCUUUUGCUUAUAAACACAUUUAUUAUAGCAUAUAAAUUAUGCACUUUUUGAGCCACAUCGUCAUUUUACAUUUACAAGGCAUGACUCUCUAAAGGCAUUCCAAUUCGAAUAAUACAAGAGGGAUGCAACUUUUAUUGUCGAUAUUUAAAGGCUCUAUAAAGGUGACAAAUCCAAUUAUUAUGCAUAUCAACUGGUCAAAUUUUUACCGGAUUUCAGUUAUUCUUGCAUAAAAACUGCUGAUAACACAACUUAGGUACAACGUUGCCAAGAAUUAUGGAAGAUAUAACCGUUUCAUAAUUGGAAGAAAUGUUUACAUUUUUGCAACUAACGUGAUGUGUAGCCUCGGAGCGGUGACAUAUGCUAAAAAUAGCCGAAAGAAAAUUCAAUUUUAAUUCUAGUUUAAACAACUUUUUACCAGCAGAAAGUAACUUAUUAGUUCAGUACAAACGUUUUAACCAUUUAGAAGAGACCUACUUUGUGAGUUAUGCCGGAAAACGUUAAAAAUCAUCGAUAUAUUUUUGGUGACCUGAGUCACUUUCACUUACCCUUUCCCGAGUAAACAGCGAUGUAAAUAAACGGUUUGUUUGUAAACACAAUUGACUUGGAGGACACUUUAUUUUGAGCUCAAAACAAGUUGUAUUACUCAUUUUUUAUUGUUAUGUCCAAUAGCUUAUAUAUAUAUUGUUUUUUUAUAACCUUUUUUUAUAAAAUAUGAAAAUAAUAUUUUAAAAUCGGUAAAUAAUUACGGAUCUUCACCUUUAUAGAGCCUUUAAAGUUUAAUAUGUAAUAAAAACUUAUCUUUGUAACUUUAUUAUUAAUGCUGAAUUUAAACUACGGUUACUCUGUGACUAAGAACGAAAGUAUUUAUUUAGAUAAUAUUUACAUUAUUAACGUGUGAUAUUUGUAUCUUUGUGAAAUGGUUUAUUAAAGUGUCGUGUUUAGGGUUUUGAAAAAAGACAAUUUAAAUAUCAUAUAUGCAAAAUUAACAUAUAAACGUCAUAUCUACUUACUAAGAAAAUUGUUAGAAAAUAGAAUCAUAAAUGUAUAUUUGUUUCCGAAAAUACAUGUAUUACUAAUAUAACGCGAACUAUUCAUUGAUGAGCGUGCGUUGCGCCGUGGUCGCGUAGAAGUUUUUGCUUGUCUAUGUCUUGGGUACAAAUUCAAGGGAGGCUAUAUUUCAUUUUAAAAAUUGUGUAGGUAGAUUGUUAUUGUAAUUAUAAAAGACCGUUCAAAAUAGUGCAUUUAUAUGGGUAAAACUACGAAAAACUUUGAACUCGUACCUUUGACAGUUUUAUGAAAUAACGCGUAGUGUGAUAUUACGGGUAUUUUAUUAUGGAAAGUAAAUAUUUGGUUACAAGGUUUGAAUUACAUACAGUGCAUAUGUUAAACGUAUACGCAAUAGGCUCAGUACUGAUUUCUGCAACUUACGCUCAAUGUAUACACACUUUUACUGCAUUUGAUAUAUCAAUUGUCCUCAUAGCUGCAGUUGUUUACUUAAAACAAUUAUAUUUUAUUCAGGGUUGUAUGGUUUGUUUUGCAUUUUAUAUGUGUACAUAUUAAUUCAUGUUAAGUUUGCAUACUGCAUUUUGUAUAAUUACAUAUAUAAUGGUAUAUUUGUUUAAACGUUAAUAUUAUACCUCACAUAAAAGUAUUUCUUCUUUGCGUAUAUAAACUACACAGGUCCGUUAUUUUGAAUAGUGCCCGGUAAAGAUGCGCGCGCAUCUAAUAGUCCCAACUAGAAUGUUAGUAAUUUGUAACAUUUGUGCAAGUUUUACAACGCAAAGAUUUUUCGAGUAUUGUUUCCUUUGUUUACAAAAAUAUUUUGUUUUACACCGGUACAUAUUAUUAAUAGCAUCUGAUAAAUAUUGAUGGAAUGUA